UAAUGAUAAAUGCGUCAUAUCCGCUUAGAGAGCCAUGCCUUCUGAAGACAUGUCUAAAGGAAAAAGUUGGGCUGAGCAAGUUGAUGAAGGCGAUGAGGGCUAUGUUUUAACAGGAGUACUACCGCCAAACACAGAAGACUAUGAUGAAAAGAAAGGGCUAAAGAAAAUCACAGAAUACAAGUACAAUGAUGAAGGGAAAAUAGUCAAGACAGUGAAGACUUACCGGAUUGAAACCAUCAAGGUGUCCAAAUCAAUAGCACAUAGAAAGACGUGGAAAAAGUUUGGUGCAGCAGAAAGAGACCCACCUGGUCCGAACCCAGCUAACACCAUCAUUUCUGAAGAGAUCUUCAUGCAGUUUGUUAAUACCAGUGAGCAGAAACAAGCUGAUGAAGAUGACGAUCCACUGGGAAAGCUGAAAAAUCAGAAGAUAGUGCAGUGCCGUAUCUGCAAGGGAGAUCACUGGACAACAAAAUGCCCAUACAAGGAUACCUUGGCACCUCUACAGGAAAAGCUGAUAGAAGAUCAAAGAAAACCAGAACCUCCCAGCACAGGAGCAGCUGCAGCUGCUUCAAAAACAGCUGGGGGUAAAUAUGUACCCCCUAGUCUGAGGGAUGGAGGAUCCAAACGCCAAGGAGAAUCAAUGUCUACACAGCGUAAAGAUGAGGCUGCCACGAUUCGCGUGACAAAUCUGUCGGAAGACACCAGAGAGUCCGACUUGCAGGAGCUCUUCAGACCCUUUGGUCCCAUCUCUAGAAUCUACCUGGCCAAGGACAAGGUCACAGGACAGAGCAAGGGCUUUGCAUUUAUCAACUUUCACAGACGUGAAGAUGCAGCACGUGCCAUCCAGGGUGUUUCAGGAUUUGGCUACGAUCACCUCAUCCUCAACGUAGAGUGGGCAAAACCUUCAGGGCAACAGUAGUAGGCACUGCCAGGAAGAAGGUGCUUGUGACGGGAUUUAUUUUUAUCUUUUUUUCUUCGUUGUCAUUUUAGUGCUAUAUCUGGUGACUGAGAUAUGUUUAUUAAAUGUGUCUAUUCACAACACCUUAAAAAA